AUGGAGAAGACAUUCUUUUUCGUCAGUGGAAUCGCAAAUGAUGAGAAAUCUAAGAAGCUCAUGCGUCGUCAUGUGAUGAAGGGCAAAAAUGCAGGAAAGAAAAUCCUCCGUCGCUCAAGGCUGGAUUUACAGGUCACUCAGGGUCAACCACACGUCUUUGAAGGGGUUUCACGUAUAUCCAGUGACCGAAAGCAGAUUGAACCCAUGAACUACGCAGAAUGGAGAUACCUGUCUCCUGAUAAGAUGUCGCUCGAGCUUGGAAAUGUCUUCCACACUUUCUCCAUUCCGGUGGAAGUCACGCCAUACUCGCUCGGCAUUAUCAACAAAUCCUACCAAUGCCAGCUUGCUCUGAUGCAAGCAAGCAACGAGAUAUUUCACUGCCAUGGUGAAAGCUCUCCAAAGGCGAUGUAUCAUCUAUCUCAGACAUUUGCUCAAGUCAACAAGCGACUUCAAGGUGACGAUGCCUUAUCGGACUCUACAAUAGCAAUUGUCAUGUCGCUCAUAACCCAAGAGCAAAUAAGACAGCAGCUUUCCGCGGCCACGGUUCAUCUUAAGGGGCUUGAGAAGAUGGUUGAGCUUCGUGGAGGACUGACUCAAUUGGGACAAAAUGUUCCACUAGUGUUGAAAAUCUGCAAGACCGACAUACUUUUUGCUUUGCAAGAAGGAGGGUCAGCAUCCUUUUUUCGCGACCAAAUGGAUGACGUUCGGAAGAGGCUGUUAGCGCAAAAGUUACGCCUGGAUCGCCACUCCAGCAUUUCAUCUACUCGGCACGAGCAUCUCAAUCCAUAUCUUUGGGAUAUAAAUCUGGACGCUAUGGGCAUCUCCUUACUAUUCAAUCAGCUUGGCAGCAAAACGGUUGAUUACAUGAUUUUUCUGGAAGCUUUGGUAUCUCUUUGCUACCGUCUAUUGAAAUUCCGCUCAUUACGUGACGCCAGCACUUGGUUUGACAAGCAGUCCGCACAUCAUAUUGGGCUGAUUACAUUUAUGAUGACACUGUUUCUGCAAAAUGAUCGUUACCGGUUGAUAAACUACAGUUUGGUACCUGUUUGUCUGAAAAACGCCCUCCAGCAUGAACGUCAGGAGCAAAAUCUUGAAUUUUCCUUCUGGCUUACGCUCAUUGGUGGUAUUUGGAUCUCUGAUGAGCCCGAAAAUGAAUGGAUCGCUUCUGAACUACGGAUGAGAGCUCAAAGGCUCAGCCUAGGCUCUUGGGAGGAUGCCCGGAGAUUUGCCCUCAAAUAUCCAUGGAUAAACGGUCUGCAUGAUGAGCCAGGUCGUAUAUUUUGGCAGCGAGCACACAAAAUGUAG